UUUUACAUCCCGGCGCAGGCCAAAUUUUUCGUCCAGCCCAAUGGAAAGUUACGGACGACGCCCGAUGUGUGGCAGUUCCUGCACGAGACGGGCAUAGAAUACAACAAUUCGAAAGCCCUGAGGAUAUGGCUCGGCCCGGAACAUCGACGCAUUACCGACAACUUUAGUUGUAGCGUGCAGUACUCGUCCGAAUACAUACUUCACCCAUAUCACCUACAAUAUCUAACACCGCACCAACACCCGUUAACACCGACUGUGAUGUCCCAGUACCGGCAGAAACUGGUCGACGAACAGCUUUGGAUAUACACUAUGAACAGGGGAGGGUUUGUCGGGGUGGUCAAGGGAAUCACACAGCGGAGGUUGACGUGGGCGCUGGCUAGUGCGCUGGAAGAGCUGGGACAUCCGGGAACCGGGAUCCGAGGGACGGUGAUAGUAACGUUAGGGGAUGUACUCAAGGCAGCCCACUCGCCGGCUCACCUGUUUGGCCAAGGCGUUGCGCAGGCGAUCGACAGGGAGUGGAAGCAGCAUCUA